UGGGGUAAAAUAUUUUUGUACCUUACCAGUUAUUUGCUGCCUUCCUUUUUUUCUUUUUGUUUAUAUAUAACAUUUUAUAGUGACAGAUCUUAUUUAUUGUCGCUAUUGUUGUUGGCUUCAACACAAGAGAGUUUAAAUAAAAGGGAAACAUUCUUUUCAAUCAAUCAUGGCACCUCCUCAAAUGGCAGAACAACCUCUUCUUUUAGAUGAUGGAUAUCUUUCUACCAACCUUCAUUUACGUCGAUACUCUCAAUCCCAUGUUACUUCUGCUUCGUCUACCAAGGACGCACUCACUAUCCCUCAUACGCGAGGCAGAUCAUUUUCUACUUCGGUUGUCCAAGGAUCAUCUCUGGCAGCACAAAUUCUGGCAACUGUCAACAAUAAAUUGAAAGAAGAGCAGGAUGAAGCAACUUUUGUUGAAUAUAUGGAUGGUCAAAUCCAUGAGACUUGGGAGACUGCCAAGGCUUUGAUGCUUGGAUCGAAGCGCCUUUUAUUGAUCGAAGAAUUGCCCAAGGAUAGACAAGAAAACCAAUACGUUUUGUCUGGUUAUCGUUUCUAUCGAAGCACAAAGGAAUGUCUCAAGUCUCUGUUUAAAUUGCACAAUGAGACAAUGAACAUUUGGAGUCAUUUACUUGGUUUCUUUUUUUUUAUGUAUCUCUCUGUUCAUGUCUUCCAGAGAAAAUUCCCUGAUGCUUCAAAUCAAGAUUUACUUGUAUUCAUGGCCUUUUGUUUGGCAUCUCUCACUUGUUUGUUAUGUUCUUCUAUUUACCAUACCUUUAUUUGUCAUUCAGCAUAUCACGUUAAAAGUUUUACAGCCACCCUCGACUAUAUUGGUAUUACCUUUUUAAUAACAGCUUCCAUCUCCAUCGUGGUUCAUUUUGGUUUCUAUUGUGACCCCAUCCCCCGCAAUCGAUAUAUGAUCUUUAGUUGCUUGAUUGGCAGUAUUGGUGUGAUCUUGCCUUUUUUCCGUUUCUUUGAUACAAGACGUUACCGUCCUCUUCGUAUUGGACUGUUUGUCGCCAUGGCUUUUUCGAGUGUGGUUCCUUUGCUUCAUAUGACCACCGUCAAGGGGACUACAAACACCGCCGUCUUUUUAAAACCUGCUUUACUUGGUGCUGUCAUGUACAUCUGUGGUGUCACAGUGUAUGGUAAGCGAUUCCCAGAAAAAUUCUUUCCCGGUAAAUUCGAUGCUGCUGGUAUGACAAGCCAUGCAAUUUGGCAUGUCUUUGUUUGUUUGGGUAUCUUUUUUCAUUACAUUGGUUCCUUCCAUUUUUACAAUUUGCGCGAAGAAUAUGGUUGUAUGUUCAAUGCCUAAAUAUCUCGUUAACAACAUACCCCUGUUUAAAGGAACUGUCUUUAUUCUAUACAUGAGCAGGCUCAUUUCUUAUUUAACGCUCUUGUUCUUUUCUCAAGAUUUUUUAAAGAAUAAACAUUCUUU